AUUCUAACAAGAGUUGCAGCAUCAAAGAUGUUUUGGAAAGCUAUCGUGGUUCUAGUCGCCUUCCUCGCACAAGUAUCCUCAAAAUUCAGGGAGGAAUUCCACGUGCCGUACCCUUACCCAAAGGGAUAUCCUAUGUUUAACUACCCUAUGGGAGGGAAGAAGGGAUUCAGAGCAAUGAGAUAGUUUGCAGUUCAAACUAUUAAUUUUUCAGACAUUAAAAGGUUUAACAAA